UGCGCUCGUGCGUGAAUUGCUCACAAUGUGUUUGACGUGCUGUAGUCGACACCUGAGAAAAGCGCGCGUGCCGUGACUCAUAUUCCUCUCUUGAUGUCUAGGAAUGUGUCUAACAGCGACCGGAGAGGCAGGCUGGGGAAAAACGUAGAGGGGGAGGAGAAGGAGUCAAAGUAACAGCGUGAAAUUGCAUAAAACAUGCCACAGAGCGCUCAGCGCACUUCCACACUGAUCUCUCCGCACGGAGUGGAUGUUCACAGGCGCUUGUGAAGGGACGAGCUCAAAGUGCAUUCCAUGGACCAGUCUCGAAGUGUCUUCUUAAAAUGUUGGAUGUAUACAUGGGUAUUAUUUUAGUUUAAGGACAGAGUUUUCUAGAAACCUGAAAAAGAGGAACUUUUAACAGACUCUGCUCAGGCUUCAGAGAUUGUUUUUCUUUUCUAAAAUGCACUUAUUUGGAAUUUCUGUCUUCUGUCUCGCAUUGUUUUAUGCAAACCUUGCUUUGGAGUCAAGUCACGACUACUAUGAUUAUGACCAAGAUCAAGGAGAUGCUAUGGAACAUUCAGAGCCAGACCUGGUGGAGCAGUUACGUUCAGCGGGUAGCGUGGAUGAACUUAUGAGGAUAGUUUACCCCAGCUACUGGAGCAUGCUGAAGUGUCGUUCCAAGGCCGGAUCACGCUUGCCUCACAGAGAAUACGGCUCCACAGAAACAAGGUCGGAGGAGGCCUCCUUUGCGGCUGCUUUCAUCAAUCUUGAAAUUAUUAAAAGUAUUGAGACAGAGUGGAGAAAGACCCUGUGCAUGCCACGCCAAGUUUGUUUAGAUGUGGGGAAAGAGUUUGGGGCAGCUACAAACACCUUCUAUAAACCACCCUGCGUGUCUGUCUACAGAUGUGGGGGCUGCUGUAACAGUGAGGAGCAUCAGUGCGUGAACAUCAGCACUUCAUACAUCAGCAAGACGUUGUUUGAAAUCACAGUUCCUAUCAAGCAAGGGACCAAGCCAGUUACCAUAAGCUUCGCCAACCACACUUCCUGCAGCUGUUUGUCAAAACUGGAUGUGUACCGACAGCGGCACUCAAUCAUACGAAGGGCCCUACCAGAAUGUCAUGUGGCAAAUAAAACAUGCCCAAAAAAUCACAGCUGGAGUAAUCGCUUAUGCAGAUGUGUGCCGCUGCCUGACACCCUUCUUUCAAAACCACAUUCUGAUAUUGAGCAGGACUUUUGCGGCCCCGACAAAGAGCUGGAUGAGGAGACCUGUCAGUGUGUAUGCCGAAAAGAGCUGAGAACAGCAGGCUGUGGACCACUCCGCUAUCUGGACAAGAAUACCUGUCAGUGUGCAUGUAAAGCACAGCCCUCCUCUUGUGGGCCUCAGCAGAGCUUCAACAAGGACACCUGCCAGUGCACCUGUGCCAAGGUGUGUCCUAGGAGUCAGCCUCUAAACCGCACCAAAUGCGUAUGUGAAUGCACAGAGUCUCCUAACAAGUGCUUCUUAAAAGGGAGGCGGUUCCAACCAGCCACAUGCAGUUGUGUCCGGCCGCCAUGUAACGCAGACUCCAGGAAAAGGAGAUGUAAGGAUAAUGAGUAUUUCAGUGAGGAACUGUGUCACUGUAUACCCACAUACUGGGGGAGACUGGACUAAAUACUACCAACAGUGCAGGUAGCGCUGAACGCUUAUGGACACGCUGGCAUUUGAAGCAGUGCUAAUGUUCGGCUGCUGCUUAUCUGACUCACAUGUGCUAGUCAUGUGGACUAAGUGGGAGACAAGAAAUGUCCACAUUCAACCCCACAUAUCAAGUAUGGGGUGAGGUAUUAAGGACUGAGAGAGAUUUCCUAAGGCUGGAGCCAUGUUUUUUCAUUGUUUUAAUUGAAUUGUCUAUUCUUUAUUUGUCAGAUAAUGAUUAUAUAAUUUAUUGCCAUGAAAUGUUUUGAAUCUCCCUUGUUCAUAGCAUUCAUUUCAAAUCUCUGCAAAGGAAAAAAAACCCCACUGUGAUCAAUAUUUUUGUAUCAUGUUAAGUCCCGUAAAAUAAAGUAUAAAGUUGUAUUAUA